UCCGGAAAAAAAGUAGUCUAAUAAGCUGAUUAAAAGUUUUGAAGUGAGAAAUUAACGGGUGCAUGGUAGUACUGCGUGAUAAUUGAAAACAAAUGACGUCCCUUGUCUAUACAAAUGCCUCGAUAGACAUGGUUAAAACUCCAUAAGUCAACUAAAGCUCCUUAGAAAACUCAUGUAUGAGAAAGGGGGUGGAUGGUUUGUGCACAAAAUUUGGAAAACGAUGUCUUACUAGUGGUGCUUACUGCUUAGAGUCAUAUUAUAAGCUCAUCGGAUCGAAAACUUUGAAAUGGUAACGAGGUGUGGUGCAUGUUACAUGGAAAAUAUGUUUAUACAGAUGCAUUGAGUUAGAUUGAACUAUACAGUAUUACACAUUGUAUGCCAAUAAAAAGAAGUUACAGCACUAUUUCAAAAAUAAGACCAGAAGCAAAUGAUUGAUGUGAUUUUUUCUUGGGUUUUCGUCGUCAUAUGGUAUUAGGGCUUGUUCUUGAUCAGGACUUGGUAAACCGGGUCUUAAUUGUUUGAUGGUCAAACUCAAAAGUCAAUAUUUUUCCUUUUUUUCUAUUUUUUUUUUAAAAGACUCAGCUUUUACUAAGUUAGGUAUGUGUUGAUUCUGGGUUUGAUUUAGUUCUCCAAUUAAAAGCCUCCCCAGAUAACAAAGAAAAUGGGCACAUCAGAUGAUGCAGGCGGAGGAGGAAAGAUCAUGCCGACACGGAGAGCACUCAGCGCCAUUAACAAGAACAUCACUGAACCUCCCUCGUCUUACCCUUAUGCUCUCAACAACAAGAGAUCACUUUCUGAAAGGAAUGUUAUCCGUAACAAACCACCUCUGCGCCGACCACUUACUAGAAAGUUUGCUGAUAAUAAGCCACAAAUCCAGGAAGAGGAAACUAAGAAAUCAAACUCACUUCCAAGUGAAGAAGCACUAGCAGAGAGGGUUGACAUCGAUGUGUCUGCUUGUGGUAAGGAAGGAGACUGCUUUAAUGAGCCAGUGUUUGUACAACACACUGAAACAAUGAUAGAGGAAACUUACCAGAUGGAGGAGGGGAUUGAAGUGGAAGAUGCAGAUAAAGAAAAAGAGAGAGUAAUUAAUAUUGACGCUUGUGUUGAGAAGAAUUCUUUAGCCGUAGUUGAAUAUAUCGAUGAUAUAUUCAACUUCCACAAUAAAUCUGAGGAACUUAGUUGUGUACCUUCUAACUACAUGGACAAUCAGCAAGAUCUUAAUGAGAUGAUGAGAGGAAUCCUCAUUGACUGGUUGAUUGAGGUGCAUGACAAGUUUGAACUGAUGGAGGAAACGCUUUAUCUCACAGUCAAUAUCAUCGAUAGAUUCCUUGCGGUUCAUCAAAUCGUGAGGAAAAAGCUUCAGCUUGUUGGUGUAACCGCUUUGUUGCUAGCUUGUAAGUACGAGGAAGUCUCAGUUCCAGUAGUAGAUGAUCUCAUCUUGAUCUCUGAUAAAGCUUACACUCGAAGAGAAGUACUAGAUAUGGAGAAGCUAAUAGCCAACACCUUGCAGUUCAAUUUCUCAUUACCUACUCCGUAUGUGUUCAUGAGACGGUUUCUCAAAGCUGCCGAAUCUGACAAAAAGCUUGAGGUUUUAUCGUUUUUUAUCAUCGAGCUUUGUCUCGUGGAGUACGAGAUGCUGGAGUAUACACCAUCUAAGCUAGCAGCCUCGGCAAUCUACACUGCUAGGUGUACACUUGAUGGGUUUGAGGAAUGGAGCAAAACCUGUGAGUUUCACACAGGCUACAAGGAAGAACAGCUACUGUAAGAAUCACAAGGCAUGUACAAGAAAGAUGGUUGAUUUCCAUCACAAUGCAGGAACAGGGAAGCUGACAGGAGUUCACAGGAAGUACAACACAUCAAAGUUCUCUUAUGCUGCAAGAACCGAACCAGCUGGAUUUCUACUUUAAUGGAGGAAAAACUAUGGUAUUGAAGAUCGAAUGACAAAAAAUCUAAGCACUUAAGUUUUCUUUUUUUGUAAAAAAGAAAGAAUUCAAAAGAAGAGCAGCUGAAGUUCUCUUCUAAGGUCUUUAGAUCUUUCUUUCUUUACUUGAGAGAAUAAGAAGAUGCAAUGCUUCAUUUCGUAUGAUGCUUUAUUUACACUCUACUUGUGAGUCAAUCACCUGUAAACUUACAUGUACAUAGUUGUUGAAAACCCUUCCGGAAUGGUAGAUGCCACUCAUCAAACAUUCUACAAGUAAUAAUUGUUUGAUAGUCA